GAACUCAAAGACCAUCAACUCCAACUAUGAGAGAUAAGCAUGAACUUUUAUUGAAUAAACCUUUGUGUGCCAUGGCCAGAGUGACCUGGUGGGGCUCAUGGGAUGAGCUGGCUAAGGCCCCUGAUAUUGCUAUGAAACACCAAUGCCAAGCACAUGAGAUGUGGGGUAGGGAGUAGGAAGUGGCACUGGGAAAAGCCCAGAAACUUGUGCCUGGGCUGGAGCACGUGCUGCAAGUGAGGACGGCUCAUUGUGACGACCCAGAAGUGGACUGUAGCAUCGCUGUGGGAUGGGCAGUGACGUCCCCAAGUGAGGGUGAUGACCAGCAGCUUGGCCAAGCCAUCGUUUGAGGCAUCUCCAGGCAACAGAUUGUGACUCCAUAGCCCACGCUGGCUUUCAUGUGGCUGCAGCAGCGCAGCCCAGCAGUUCGUGCCUGGCCUCCGACCGAGCGUGCGUGCGAGGACUGGAGUGUGGACAGGGCGAACUUCGGUGCUGAACGUGCUCUGGGUGCUGUUAGCGCAGCUCCCAGAGGCUGUCUCAGAGCCAUCUGUUCUUUACCCCGACCCUGCUUGGAGCAGGCAGACGGGACAUCCUAGAGAGGCGCGUGCAACAGCUUUGUGUGACACCUGCUGCUGUAGCGUCAGUGCUGGGAAGCGUGUUGCCAUCUCCCGCUCUCCCUAGCCCAACACAACUGUUGGAAGCAUGGAGGAGGCAGAAUUAGAGACCCGCUGCCCCGUGUGCCUGGAGAACUGGGACAGCGCGGCAUACGCCAUGCCGUGCUGCCACCAAUUCUGCUUCCACUGCAUCCAGCGGUGGACAAGCACCAGGCCCCAGUGUCCGCUUUGCAAGCAGAAUGUGAAGUCCAUCAUUCACAGCGUGCAAGCGGACGACAACUAUAAGGAGCUGCCAGUGAGACCGGCAGCAGAGGCAUCCAUUGCCACACGGAGCCCUGCAGUCCACCACGCAGCCCGACCAUGGCCUGCAGUGCCCACGCAUCCUGUGGGCGGCCUCUCCCCUGCCACCUGGGCUUCCUUCUUCAGGGAGCACCCGGCCCUGCUGCGGCCCCUGCACUUCUGGCUGCACCACAUGCUGCGCCUCAUCCAGGGCCCCGAGGAGCCACGAGCAAGUACAGUGGUGCACAGUGUCAUCUGGGCCCUGCUUCUCGUAGGCUUGGCGGAGGGGAUCUUGAUAGAAAUGCUGCAUCCUGACCUGCACGGCCACACGGUGACCUUUGUACGGCGGUUCAUCACCUUCACAGUGCAGAGGUACAGCCGGGUGGCUCACCGCUUGCUGGGCCUCAACAUCCCCCCUGCUGCUGGGGCACAGGGGGCCACCACAUCAGAGCCCAGAGCUGCCACACAACAGCAGGCACCUGCCUCUGGCCCAGCACCCUCCAGCAGCCCUGCCAGCUCUAACAGGGACGAAAUGCUGGGCAGGACAAGAGAAGAGUUCAGUGGGCAUCCCAGUCGCCCACAUUCCAGCCCUGCAACUGUCCCCAUAGAGCAGGCAGCGCCUCAUGAGGAGCCAGAAGAGCCCGAGGCAGGGCCCUCUGGCACCAGCCCACCUGGGGGGACCCGGCGAGCCCCAAAAAGGAAGGCCUGCGACUCUCAGGACUCAGCAACACCAAAGAAGAGGCCUCCUCGUCGCCAGGAAUAGAAGAGUGGUGGAGCUGAUGAGGCUGGGGCCAGGCAGCACCUGGGACGCACACUGGCCCCAACGGACCCUUGUCAUCAGUGUCCAAUUCCAACGUGGAAAUAAAAUAGAAAGA